UUUAAAAGAGGACAAAUCUCUCCAGCAAUGAAAAGAAAGAGGCGCGAGCAGGUUUGGGGGAGCGCGAAGGAGGUCCAUUUUCCUUUUCUUCUUCUCUCUUUUUCUCUGCUCGACGGUUCCACCCGCCCACAUGGCCACAUCCCUUCUCUCGGCUUAGCCAAGUCCGGCCUCCGCUCAUCCAUGUCCGAUCAGAUUUUCCCGGCGAAAUCCUAGGUCUGCUGCCGAGCGCUAAAAUGGAAGCUUCAAAUAUCCGCUCCUAUCGCCGAACCAGGAAUAUUCGUCAAUGGACUUGAUCUGAGAGCUGGCUUCAACUUCACCUCUCAAACACUUCUCUAGUGUCGCUGCUCCUCAUCACGUUCAUCAAAAUGAGCGAAAUAAAUUCAUGGAAGUUAUUGAAGCAACUUGAGCAUAUACUGGAGUCAGAUCCAUUGAUUGAUGAAAUUGGAUUUGUUCAUCCAUCUCAAUUUGAUGCUCUGAAUGAAGACGAUGGCAAUACUUCCUUGUCUCAUGAAUCUGAGCUUCAACCAUCAGACAAAACUGUCAUUUCUAGUGAAUUUUUUUGGAGCUGUAAACAUAAGUUGGGGGUCUCAACCUCCGCUCUUCUUCCACUGUACAAAGCUGCAAAAGAUGCGUUCAUGGAUUCACUGAGACAAUAUAAAAUGCAAAAUGGUAUAACUAAUGAUGAAUCUGAUGAGGGCAAUACAUCAAAGUCCCCCUCAUCAUCUUCUCUUACUGUUCUUGAGAAUGAAGUGAUGAAACAUAGCAGAGCAAUUUUGCUCCUGAGCUGUGAUUUUGGCACAGCAUGGAAUUUGAGGAAACUACUUGUUUCAAGGCGUUACAAGUACUCAAUUUUCAUAGAAGAACUGCAUAUGUCAGAUCUUGUCCUCUCAUAUUCACCUAAAAGCGAAAGAGCAUGGAGUCAUAGGAGAUGGGUGAUCAAGAUGGUUGCUGGAAAGUAUUCCAAUCUUGAAGAGAUAGUGGACAGAGAAUCAGAGUUUGUGAAAAAACUAUCUGAGAGGUCAAAAAUGAAUUACCGUGCAUGGAAUUACCGUUGCUGGUUAGUAGCCUACAUGUCUGUAGGUCAAUUGCUUGGUGAGUUAAAUAAGUCUCAAGAGUGGGCUGGACUUCAUGUUGCUGACAACUCUUGCUUUCAUUAUCGUGCUUGCUUAAUGCUCAGGAUAUUAGAAGCUUUUCUUAACAAAGAUCAAACUGUAUGCUCCAGUGAAGAACUUCAUGUGACAUGGAAGGAGGAGCUUGACUGGGUUGAGAAGUUGAUAAAACUAUAUGUGGGUAGAGAGGCUUUGUGGCUUCACCGUCGCUUUCUCGCAUCAUCCUGGGUAAAAUAUUUUGCUGCUUCUAUGAUGGGUACUUGUGAUAUUGACAAGUUCAUAGAUAAUGAAUUACAACUAUUCAAUUCCUGUGCAACAAUAAUUGAUUGUAACUUCGAGGACUACCGAUCUCAGGCAACAUAUGCUGCUACUUAUAUUAUGUGGCUCCAGAAGCAAAUCCUGGUGGAGCCUCUGGGAGUCGAGUGUCACAGGAAGCUGCGAGUGAGUGGGCUGAAGUCAUUGUUAAAUAAUGCAUGCCCAGAGAAGGCUUUCCUUUGGGGGUCAUUGCUUGAUGUGUGUGGAUUUGAAUGAUUAGCUCCCAACCAUGCCCUAUUAAACGCAUCUUAUCUCUACCUUUUGAUUUCACCUCAACCGGUUGAAGGUGUCAGGUAAUUGCUUAGGCGGUCCAAGGUGCACUGAGCCACGGGUCAAGAUGAACUGAGGAGGUCCAGGGUGCUUCACGCUUUUUUUUUUAAUGUACUACGUAUAUAGUAAAAUAAUAUACCAUGUAAAUGCUAUUUUCAUGUUUUGUACCAUUGGGUUGAUGACAACUCUUACGUUAGCUCACAAUGUUUGAUCUCAUACUAAUUUGAAAUGAAUACUUGUAUAUUUAAAUUUUGUUGUAUUAAGAGACAUUAAAA